CAGCAACGCCGCGGCGUAGUCUUACGACUGAACUCAACGCGUACAAACCGACGUCAGUUGACAGCCGAGCAGCACAAGCUAAAAAGCCACAAGCUAGAUAUCGUAUUCAUAUUUUUUUCUACGAUCAACUAAUAUAUUAAAAUGCGUGAGUGUAUUUCAAUCCACGUUGGACAAGCCGGAGUCCAGAUCGGUAAUGCCUGCUGGGAAUUGUACUGUCUUGAGCAUGGAAUCCAACCGGAUGGACAAAUGCCAUCUGAUAAAACUAUUGGAGGAGGUGAUGACAGUUUCAACACUUUCUUCAGUGAAACCGGUGCUGGUAAACACGUACCUAGAGCUGUUUUCAUUGAUUUGGAGCCUACUGUCGUUGAUGAGGUUCGAAGCGGAACAUACCGUCAAUUGUUCCACCCAGAACAGCUGAUCACCGGAAAAGAGGACGCAGCCAACAACUACGCCCGAGGCCACUACACAAUCGGCAAAGAAAUAGUAGACCUAGUCCUCGACCGAAUUCGCAAACUAGCUGACCAAUGUACCGGACUCCAAGGUUUCUUAAUAUUCCACUCGUUCGGUGGCGGUACCGGAUCUGGAUUCACGUCUCUGCUCAUGGAGCGCCUGUCAGUCGACUACGGAAAGAAAUCAAAACUCGAAUUCGCCAUUUACCCCGCGCCCCAGGUAUCAACAGCCGUCGUCGAGCCUUACAACUCAAUCCUCACCACCCACACAACUCUCGAGCACUCGGACUGCGCCUUCAUGGUCGACAACGAAGCCAUCUACGAUAUCUGCCGCCGUAAUUUGGACAUCGAGAGACCCACGUACACGAACCUUAACAGAUUAAUUGGACAAAUCGUAUCAUCAAUCACAGCAUCACUGCGUUUCGACGGUGCCCUCAACGUUGACUUGACUGAGUUCCAGACAAAUUUGGUACCUUACCCACGUAUCCACUUCCCUCUGGUAACUUACGCCCCCGUUAUCUCUGCAGAGAAGGCCUACCACGAGCAGCUCUCCGUUGCUGAAAUCACAAACGCUUGUUUCGAGCCAGCAAACCAGAUGGUAAAAUGUGAUCCACGUCACGGCAAAUACAUGGCCUGCUGUAUGUUGUACCGUGGGGAUGUUGUACCAAAGGACGUCAACGCCGCAAUUGCCACCAUCAAGACAAAACGUACGAUCCAAUUCGUCGACUGGUGUCCAACUGGAUUCAAAGUCGGUAUCAACUACCAGCCACCGACUGUUGUACCUGGUGGCGAUUUAGCUAAAGUACAACGUGCUGUCUGCAUGUUGUCAAACACGACCGCCAUCGCAGAAGCAUGGGCGCGUCUUGACCACAAAUUUGAUCUCAUGUACGCGAAACGUGCCUUCGUACACUGGUACGUCGGUGAAGGUAUGGAAGAAGGCGAGUUCUCAGAGGCGCGUGAGGACUUGGCUGCUCUUGAAAAAGACUACGAAGAAGUCGGCAUGGACUCUGCUGAAGGUGAAGGCGAAGGUGCUGAGGAAUACUAGACGAUUCUUAUGGAAAUUUAAUGACUAUUCUUCAGCCUAAUAUAUUUAAGACCAUCGAGACUUUGUUUAUAUUUAAUAUCCUUUUUCAUCUGUCGUAUUAUUAUUAUUAUUAUUUUUCCAUUUUAUAUUGUUGUAAUUACGCUGUGAAACAUUCCUUUGCUUUAUCAAACAACUGAUAUAUAACGGCAUUAUAAAAAAUACCUUUUUUUUUAAAUCCUCGAUGGAAAUACAUGACAUUUAUCAUUAA